AUGAAUUCAACAUUAAAAUUAUUUAUAUUUAUUGGUUUAGUGUCUAUUGCAUUAGCUCAAUUGCCUUCUUAAACAUAAUGUCAUGUUAGUUGUGAGUGUGAUAGCUAAGUAACUGAAUGUGCAGAAUGUAAUCUUUGCUCAAGAUGCAGAUAAUAAGAAGGCACUUAAAUGGUCAACAGAGAUUUUUGCUAAUGUUUAACACCUGAUUGGAGAUUAAAAUAAGGAUCUGAAUGGGAAUGUGAAAGAGUAGGAAUUAGCGUCCCAGUAGCAAAUUGUGAAUGGUAACUCUUCAACUAAAUUUUCAAUAUGGUUGUACAUUCUAAAUGUAGCCUUGAGAAAGCUUAAAAUGGUUAAAACUUUAUUUAAGAUAUUAUUACUUAUGAUUGGUUAAGACUUACUGUUUAAUUAGAUAAAGAAUGUAUAUCUUAAUUAGUAACUAGACUUCUUUGGGCUAAGGAUUGUACCAAUUAUGUGCCCUUAGAUUUGUAGUAUGUUAUUUCCUAAACUUAGAAUAGUUUAACCCUUAGAAUUCCCUUAAUCGAUAUCUACAAUCUUACAUAAAACACCUAAUUAACUGGUGAUGGAAGAACCAUUUACUAAAUUGUUUGUUUUGCUAUUGAAUUAGGUCACUUAAGAAGAGUUAUUAGAUAACAUAGGUUUUAAAUGAGAGUCUAUACAAACAGAGACUAAGUUGAAGUAUUCCAUCUUACAGUUGAAAAGUAAAUUACUGAAGGAUGUGAUAAAGGUUAGGAAUGUAUUAUUGUUGCCAACUUAGAUACUGAAGGAAGAACUUGUUCUGAUUAAACAUGUACUUCUUACUUAGCUUAAGGAACUGUUCCAGUCUAUACUGUUGGUAACCAUAUGUAUGUUAGAAUUUUAUUCAAGGACAACUCGUAUACCAAAUAUUUACAUGUUGUAACUGUUAAAUUCAUUGAUGAUGCUGGUAUCUACAAUUAUGUUAGAAAUAUUUAAUGGUGGACUCUUAGAUAAGGAUUAGGAUCAACCGAUGUAGAUAUUUUGCUGUUCUAACCUCAUGUUAAUGCCUUAGUUGAAGUCUCUUUAAAAAUAGCUCUUUCUUAAGAUGCAUUAAGAAAUUUGGCUGAAAAAAAUGAAAUUGAUGAAGUUAAAUAAAACUUCCAUGUAUAAGUUUAAAGCAAACCUAAAAACACCGAAACUGAAAAAGCUAACUUCUCAUCUUAAUUAUUAUGUGGAUUAGCUUUAUCUGCCUUAACUUUAAUAUUAUGA